CCUCUCUGUCUCUCUCAUCAUCCAAAAAUCUCCAUAACAAACAAACUCACCGCUCUCGCUUAUCUCCAUUAUCUUUUUCACCUUCUCAUUUCUCUCCAUCUCCUUCGACUUCUCCUUGUCUUACUGCUUCCAUGGCCGCAGUGCUCGAUUCCGUUGCUGUUACGCGCUUUUCCGCCUUGCCUAUCGCAGCUCCGUCGGCUUCCUCGGCGGUUUCUUCCGUAUCCGGUAGACGAAGAUCCUUGACGAGGUUGCCGGAGUUCAAAGGCCUCAAGGUGACGCCUACUUCAGUUAUCCAGUUCGUUAGAUCGGUGCCGCAGGGCCCUAGUUCGAGGUCUGGACGCGGUGGACGAGUCGUCUGCGAGGCUCAGGACACUGCUCUUCAAGUGCCUUCCGUCACCGAUGCAACCUGGGACUUGGUUGUUAUCAAGUCUGAAUCACCAGUUCUCGUUGAGUUCUGGGCUCCCUGGUGCGGUCCCUGCCGUAUGAUGCACCCUGUUGUUAGUGAACUGUCAGUUCAAUAUGCCGGGAAGCUCAAAUGCUACAACCUUAAUACCGACGAGAACCCCGCAAUCGCAACCCAGUACGGGAUCCGAAGCAUUCCAACCAUAUUGAUCUUCAAGGAUGGUGAGAAGAAAGAGACAAUUAUUGGUGCCGUUCCUAAAUCCACCUUGUCGACGAGCAUAGAGAAAUUAUUGUAGAGAUGGUCUAAGAAAGAUCAUCAUUGAUGGAACCCAACUUUUCGUAUUAAUUUGCUUAUUCCGUAGUCAACUAUCAGUACUAGGGAGCUCCAGCACUUGGCUCCCUUAGUAAACUCUCACUUGCACAUGUAUAGGAUUCUGUUCCGCCUUCGCCUUUUUUUCUCAAGAUAGCUCAUAAACGUUUAAGAUCGAAUCUUCUUUUACCGGUUUAAUAUCAUGUAAAUGUAUCGAGUUUUACAUUUGUUCUUACGUGGA